AUGUUGUCUAGUAGAAUAUACCGGCAUAAAUCGUGCCUUUUGUUAAUAUCCAGGAACACAAGUACUACAAAUGACGCAAAAUCCAUGCAAACACCGAAUCCCACCAAAAUCAACAGUGACAUGGUUGGACCCCCUGAUCCUGUGUCGAAUUUACGAAAGGUGAUUUACAAACAGCCUGCUAAUGAGACGGAUUUAGAAAAAAGGUACAGGGAGCUCCGGAUGGAAAUACAGAAAUGGAACCACAACUUUUGGACACAACACAAUUCAAGAUUCUUUCAGGAAAGAGAAAAUUACCUCAAAAAGAACCUACCUGAAGGAAAACAAAACUUGACAGCUGAUGAGAUGAGCGUCUUCUACAAAGCCUUUCUGGACAAGAACUGGAAAACGCACAUUACUUAUAACAUAGAGUGGUACAAGAGAAAUGUUACUUUGCUAGGUUUAGCCAUACAAGUGAGACUUAGAAGAUUAUUUAGAUUAAAAAGCUAUAAGUAGUUA